CGGAAGGCCUUAUGGCUCGGGUGGCCAACCUAUGUGACACGGUCACACAACGUCUGCUGCUGACUGACCCGGGACUUCAAGGUCGUGGCCCGCGUCCCCAGGUGCCGGUCCCAACCUACACCGGCUACGACGACCGGAAGUCCGUGGCCGACUUCCUCGCAGAGCUGGCGGCCUACAAGCUUGCUGCGGGCGCCUCGGACGAAUACGUCCUCGCGCGCGUUUUGCCCGUUGCGUUGCAGGCGAGUGCAGCCCGCUGGUGGCGCAUCGUGGCCCCGUUCCUGUCCUGGGAAGACUUUCGGCGGAGGUUCCAGGACGAAUUUCUUCCGCCUGGGUACCAGUCUCGAGUACAGCGAGAACUGGAGCGCCGAACCCAGCACCCGGACGAGACCCUGGUCGAAUACGUCCGGGUGAUGCAGGAGCUCUUCGAUAGGGCCUGCCCAACGACACCAGAGUCGGACAGGGUUGCUCGGGUCGUACAGCAGAGCCAUCCCAGAUUCCGACCCUACCUACAUGGCCGCACCUACGAGACCCUUGAGCACCUGGCCCGGGACGCUCGCGGCAUCCAAGAGACGCUUCUGGCAGAGCUCCAGUACCGGCCGCCACCGCCGCCCGAGGAAGCUCUCGAACCGUCCUGUGCCUGGUCAGCUCCCGGGCCCAGAGGAGGUCCGACUCAGCGCCAACCCCAGGAGUAUGGCGCGGUCCUUCCCCCCCGCGCGCUGGACCCCUACGCCUUUGGACAGCGGGAGCGCGGGAGAGCACCACCCGGUGGCUUGGACCCCCGGCCUAGUGCCUGGCCGGCUGGAUCGAGACUACGGCAGGGUGAAAGCCGUUUAAGGUCCUUCCCCCGUGAUUCGCUCCGGGGCGCGGAUCGCUGGCCCAACGAGGGAAGCAACAGGACACAACGACAGGCUCCAAGCAGCCAGACACGCGACACUGACCGCCGCAUUUCGGUGCGCUGCUUUGGCUGCGGCCGACAAGGUCACUUCCGCCGAGACUGCCCGGAUUUGGUGGGCAACCGCCCUGCGGUCUCGGAAAACCAGCACGGCCGACGGCGUUGACCCCUGAGCGCCCGCCGGCCGCGGUGACCAUGGACAACCCGGCAGCACUACCAUCGCAUGCCGCGAGUCAAUCAGGCUGCCAGACGGUCCCCAUCACCACCCCGACACUGGCGACCCAGACGCUACUACCAGCCCAGGGGACGAGACAACCCGAACAACCACCACCGCCGGGGAUCCAGACGAUCGCACCAGCGGUCUACGGCCACCUGGGGCACCCUCGACAAUCACGGACACCCAGUGGCCUGGUCGUCCAGCCUCGCUUGGCACGACCAGCCGCGCCCUUUGACGGUUGACAUGGACGCCCAAGUGCCUGAACCUUUCAGAGGCUUCACGCUGAACACCCACCGCCCGGCGAACCCACCACAAAGUUACACGGAAGACGAGCGCCGACUCCUGUGCCCGCUCUGCGAGGUGCCAGAAAUCCACCGCCGUACCCACAGAGCUGGAGCACUUCAUCGCUCGCGGGAGUCAGCAGCCGCCGCAAGGGCAGCCAUCUUACACCUCGAAAGGAUGAGGGACGACGAACUAGCACGCGCCAUCACCGUUAUCAGGAGGCUCCGUCCUGCUCUCCUCCGCCCCCCAUCCCACGCUGACCCGUCACCACCAGAUGCUGCGGAGAUCGCGAUAAACAUUGAUGACGACGAGCAACUCUGAGAACAGUUCCUAACGCCGCGGGCUGCGGGGGGGGGAAGUGUGUGGCAAGCGACAUGCGGAGUGUGCAGUAGCGCGGCAGUGGCCGACACAAACCGUGGGCACGGGGCGCGAGCUCGAGCGUCUUGUGCGUGGCUCACGAGG